AAAUUUUCCCGCCAUUUCUCCAUCYCGAUCAAACCAAAACAAAUUUCUAAAUUUCAGGCACAAUUUUCUCGUUAUUUUAUACAAGAUCUAUACUUCCAGAGAAAGGAAAGCUUGAUCUUCUGCCUAGUAAGUCAUGGAUGAGAAAGAAGUCAAAAGAUUCUUAUUCAAAGUCUUUGCGCAAAGCAAUGAAGCGGGAAGUCAUUCAGUCAAAUCAUUGUGGAAAAUGUACUUGGAGCACCAGGAAACAGACAGCCUUGAACCUGAACUCUACAAAAAGUUUAAGCUCAUUGCUCAUGAUGUAUUCCUUGYGUACUCAAAACAGCAAGAAGAACAAGAAAGCUCCAGCCAAGACAGUUCUUCAUCAACUUCAAAGGUGUCCUCUGCAGUGUCAUCUCCUGCUAAGUCCCCUAGACGGCCAACACUAAGMUCACCAAAAAAGACAUCAACAAGGAGCCCUGYGCUAAAAAGUAAAAGUCAGAAACAUGAAGAUAGUGACAUAUCAGAAAAGGUGAACAAGCAGUUAAAGRAGAAGGUUAAAAAUGUAGUAUCUUCUGAUGAUGAAGAGCAGACAGAUGAAAAYCCUAGAAAACAGAACAAGAGACAGAAAACAACAUCAUCUUCAAGUGAAGAGAGAAUUGUCAAACRGAAAAGGAAGMCAUUGAUUAAAAAAGAUGUUGUAUCAGAUGAGGAGGAGGAGCAAAGCAAAAAGAAAYUUUCAAGACAGARCAAGAGUCAUAAARCRAGACUUUCUUCAGAUAAUGAGGACAAUACUGAACAACAWGAAACUAGCAAUAAGAUUCAGAGAAACAAACCAAAGACAAGCAUAGAGAUAUCAUCAGACGACGGCAGUGAUGUCCAGRAAGAAAAACCAUCCAAACAAAAGUUGGAUGAUGUUGAUUCAUCAAGUGAAGAAGAACAGCCAAAAUUCUAUGACAGAAAGAAGAAAGGCAUGGAAAAGUCAUCAGAUGARAAAGAGAAUUCGAAACAAAUAUCACCUGUGAAACCAUCUGGUGGUAAUGUAGAGAUAACCUCCGAUGAUUCAAAAGAAAAUGACUCUAUAAAAACCAAAGUCAAUAAGAAAACAUUAAAGAAAGAAUUCAAAAGAAAAGAUUCAUCAUCAUCAUCAAGUGAUGAAGAUGUUUAUGAUUCUAAUCAGAAAACUCAAAAUGACGAUGAUGAUGAUGAUAGUAGUGUAAAWAAUCAAGCUGAUUCAGACAAUGAUGAGMCUAAACACAGUGGCAAAAAGKUUGACAUAUCCUCAGAAUCAGACUCAGAUGAAGAAAGAGAAAAACCCAAAAAGAAAAAAGCACUGUCUGAAUCAGACAUAGAUGAAAAAGACAAGAAAUCAGCUAAAACAAAGACCAAAAAAGUAAAGAGGAAAAAAGGAGAUAAGGACAGGAAACCCAGCGAAGACAGUGUUAAGCUGAAAAACCUCAAAAAGUAUGCACAUGCCUGUAAAAUAAGAAAGAAUUACAAUAAACUAUUUGCUGAUUGUGGAAGUAUGAGUGCAAAGGAAAGACUGCUUGAAAAAGUGAUUCGAAAUAACACAGGAAUUGAAGGAAGAAUAACUCUGGAAAAAUGUAAAGAGUUUUUAAUAAAAAAAGAAGAAGCUGAUGAAGUGGCAGAACUUGAUACUUCAAACAUCAUUUCACAAGGGCGGGGUCGCACACGACGCGCAUGCGCACAACCUGUGGCUGUAACUCCAGUUACCAUUCCCUCUCCGCGCUCUUAUCGAGCAAAAGUGUUUGGAAACUUAAAAGGAAUCGUAGACAGCGAAGAAAGCGAGGAUAAUAACUCCCCUAAAAAAGCCAAAAGGAUCAUAUCAUUGGACAUUGACUCAGGCGAAGAGAACAACAAUGUUAAUGAUCAAAGAAAUCAAAAGACAGCAAAGAAAAGGAARCACGAUGGAGAAGACAUCCGAUAUACCAAGAAAAAACGGAUGUUCGUUGACCGGAGUGAUGAAGAAGAAGAAUCUGAUGAUGUUGACGGCGUURAUGAGGAAGUUGAAAGUGACAAAAAUACUUCUAAUGGACGAAAAUCAGUCAUGACAAUUGARAGCUCUGAUGAAGACUAGAUGGUGAACAUGUUAAUGAUCAAUUUAGUGGGUUUUAAAACGCGGAAAGAGGCAGAAAUGAUGACAAGGAAGGUGUUAACGAGGAAGUAACAGUGAAAAUUGUUGUUCGGAUUGAAGUUUGUUUCAGUGGAAACGUGAAAGGAAGGACURAUWAGUGUUGAAUCKKAYRUAGUUUGACAUGCAACUACAUGGUUAUGUAACUUUCCUUYCUCGAUGAUAAACAAACUAAACGCAACCUAAACUAACUUUCACCGGCAUAUGCUUUUAGUUUGACGUUACACGGAGAAAAGUCUUAAAGAAUGUAGUUUAAGAAUUGUUUUGUCUGUUCGUACGAUACAAAAAACAUGCAAACUACUGAAAAAGAAACGUGGCUUCGCAAGAAGAAAAACGCAUUUUAUGUAAAGCUUUAUGGAAAAAUCAUCUAGGAGUAUUUUAGAUGUAAUAGUUUAAAUAUAUUUUAAAUUAGAAAAACGUGAAACUUUGUUUUGGCAAAUAAACUUUUAUUGAUUCA